CAAGCCCAUCAGUCAUAACUGUUCAUCCAACAAGCAUCGAGUCAAUGAGACUUUCAACCUAAUAAAUAUGCAGUCAGACAAGCCCAAUCCCCCUUCGUUCUAUCUGAACAUCCACACUGCCGACCCAGAAGCCGGCCUUGCCUUUUAUACUGCCAUUGGCUUUACUCAUAUCAAGGAGUACUCUGACGACAAGACCAAGGCUCUUCGCCUUCCGGAGCCAAACCAGACCAUAUGCUUGAUGAUUCAUACAAACGCGCGCUUCAAAGAGUUCAUCCGCUCCGGUACUCAAAUUGUCGACGCGGCCAAAUCAACUGAGGCUCUCUUCUCGAUCGCAGUCGAGAGCAAGCAGUCUGUGGAUAGUGGGGUGACGAAAGCUGUUGAGGCUGGUGGUAUUGCUGAUCCGUACAUGCUCCCGAAUUACGGGUCUGAAUGCGGCAUGUAUACUCGCAGCUUUGCUGAUCUAGAUGGCCACAUGUGGGAGUUGGUCGCGAUGGUUGGAAGCUGUGGCAAAAACAAACAGAACUGUUAGUUUAGUCAUGUAUUUCUGAAUGAGGAUUUUAG